UAAAGUAUGGUUUAUAGUUGCAGUUACUUAUUCCAAAUGUUUUGUUCGAUGUCGCAAGAGAGUCACAAAAAAAGAUGUUAGACUUACUUAGAAGUCUUUUGUUGUGUUGAAGCCGGAAACGGCCGAAAGUGAACCCCGGAGAUCUUGCGAAGGGAAAGCGAAAGUAAUGCGCGCCGUGUGUAAACUUUCACUUUCGCUCUCGUCGGUCGGAAGUGAAGUGAACGUUCUUUCCAAAGGUCCAUGUUGGUGCAGGUGAGAUGGAGAUGGACGAAGGCUCCAAGCUGCACCUGAAGGAGUGGCUGCUGGCGCAGGUGGACUCAGGUGCGUUCGAGGGUCUGUGUUGGCACGACUCCCGCAAGACCAUGGUCAGGAUCCCCUGGAAGCACGCGGCCAAGAAGGACUACAAGCAGACGGAAGAUGCCGCCCUCUUCAAGGCCUGGGCUUUGCACAAAGGCAAACACAGGGAGGGACAGGAUCGGGCCAACCCCAGCGUGUGGAAGACUCGUCUGCGAUGUGCACUCAACAAGAGCACAGACUUCCAGGUGGUGCCAGAACUCUGCCAGCAGGACGUCUCGGAGCCUUAUAAGGUGUACCGCAUCUGGGAAGGCGCUGGACCAACUGGUCAGACCGAGUCUGCACAGACCAAAUACAACACCCGAGCUGAGGCAUCGCCAAGGAGCCCUGCUUGUCCAGAAACCCAGCAAUCAUUUGAAGUCUGCAAAGAAAGAGAAGGAGAAGAAAGAGAUGGAGAAGGAGGGGAAGAACUUGACGUGCCUAUAAGGGACCACAUAUAUUGUGAGAUGACUGGGAAAAAAGUUCCCCUUCAGCACUUUGAUCCUCUGACCUUCUGCAGCUCCAUCCACAGCAUAGCAAAUUUCACCAUGCAGGUGACCUUCUUGUACCAGGGCCGCACGGUGCUGGUGAGCACCACCACCAGUCCGGACGGCUGCUUCAUCCUGCAGGGUCGGGGUCCGGUAGCGAGUGAGCGUAUUUACGGGCCCUGCACCGCACAGCAGCUUUCCUUUCCUCCCGCAAGCUCCUUACACAUGUCCGCGCUCACGCUGGAAGCCAUCAAUCGCCUCCUCUGCCACCUGGAGAGGGGUGUGCUCAUAUGGGUGGCCCCCGAUGGGGUGUUUAUCAAGCGCUUCUGCCAGUGCAGGGUGUACUGGAGCGGCCCGGCGGCCCAGCACACCGAUCGGCCCAACAAACUAGAACGAGAGAAGACUUUCAAAUUGCUUGACAACUCAACAUUUCUCAAUGAUCUUCAUCGCUGUUUGCAAGGAAAGGGAACACCGCCUCUUUACAGCAUUGAACUGUGCUUUGGAGAGGAGUACCCGGACCCGACCACCCCUAAAACCCAGAAGCUUGUCAUGGUGCAGGUGGUUCCCAUGUUUGCAGUGGAUCUGCUGGAGAGGUUCAGCUCGGACUAACCAAGAACAAGAUUGACAGUCCUGUCCUAGGUAAAGCUGAGAACAUUAAUCCUGUCAUGAACCAGCAAAAUUAUCCAUCCAUCCAUCCAUCUUCUUCCGCUUAUCCGAGGUCGGGUCGCGGGGGCAGCAGCCUAAGCAGGGAAGCCCAGACUUCCCUCUCCCCAGCCACUUCGUCCAGCUCUUCCCGGGGGAUCCCGAGGCGUUCCCAAACCAGCCGGGAGACAAAAUUAUUAUUAUUAUUAUUAUUAUUAUUAUUAUUUCCUCCUUUACCUGCCAUGGAAAACAGCAAAGAGCAGAAUUGUGUUAGGGAAAAUAAUUGUGAAUGUUUUUGUAUGAGAAAUGUAUCAUUUUUCAGUACACUGGAGCCCCCAAAGUCAUGUCGUCAUGCUGUCUGAAUAACAUCUGGUUGAAAUAUUUGGAGUUUAUUUUUCUUUGUCAUGGUGAAACACAUUCAAAACCAGGCCAACGGAAUUGAGAAAUUGACCUACAAAACCACCAAAAUCAGUGAAGUUGGCACGUUGUGGGAUUUGUAAAU